CAGGCCUCAGUUACCCCUCUGUGCAAUGGGGGAGGGUCUAGGAGGCUGCUCCUGGCUCCCGUCUUGUCCCAGGAGCUCCCGACCGAGGAAGGGAAGUCCCUGUGGGAGCUGGUGCUGGAGCAGUUUGAGGACCUCCUGGUGCGCAUCCUGCUGCUGGCGGCCCUGGUCUCCUUCGAACGCAGUGCUGAGAGUGCCAUUGAGGCCCUGAAGGAGUAUGAGCCUGAGAUGGGCAAGGUGAUCCGCUCCGACCGCAAGGGCGUGCAGCGCAUCCGCGCCCGGGACAUCGUCCCCGGAGACAUCGUGGAAGUGGCAGUGGGAGACAAAGUGCCCGCCGACCUCCGUCUCAUCGAGAUCAAGUCCACCACGCUGAGAGUGGACCAAUCCAUCCUGACCGGUGAAUCUGUGUCUGUGACCAAGCACACGGAUGCCAUCCCAGACCCCAGAGCUGUGAACCAGGACAAGAAGAACAUGCUGUUUUCUGGCACCAACAUUGCAUCGGGCAAGGCGAUGGGUGUGGCAGUGGCCACGGGCUUGCACACGGAGCUGGGUAAGAUCCGGAGUCAGAUGGCGGCCAUGGUGCCAGAGCGGACGCCCCUGCAGCAGAAGCUGGAUGAGUUUGGGCAGCAGCUGUCCCGCGCCAUCUCCGUGAUCUGCAUGGCCGUGUGGGUCAUCAACAUUGGUCACUUUGCUGAUCCGGCCCACGGCGGCUCCUGGCUCCGAGGCGCUGUCUACUACUUCAAGAUCGCCGUGGCCCUGGCGGUGGCCGCCAUCCCUGAGGGCCUCCCGGCUGUCAUCACUACGUGCUUGGCACUGGGCACACGGCGCAUGGCCCGCAAGAACGCAAUCGUGCGGAGUCUGCCCUCCGUGGAGACCCUGGGCUGCACCUCGGUCAUCUGCUCUGAUAAGACGGGCACACUCACCACCAAUCAGAUGUCGGUCUCCCGGAUGUUCGUGGUAGCCGAGGCCGAAGCGGGUACCUGCAGUUUGCACGAGUUCACCGUCUCGGGCACCACGUACGCCCCGGAGGGCCAAGUGCGGCUUGGGGGGUGGCCUGUGUGCUGCGGGCAGUUUGACGCGCUGGCGGAGCUGGCGACCAUCUGCGCCCUGUGCAAUGACUCAGCGCUGGACUACAACGAGGCGAAGGGCGUGUAUGAGAAGGUGGGAGAGGCCACGGAGACGGCCCUGACUUGCCUCGUAGAGAAGAUGAAUGUUUUUGACACGGACCUACAGGCCCUGUCCCGGGUGGAGCGAGCUGGGGCCUGCAACGCGGUCAUCAAGCAGCUGAUGCGGAAGGAGUUCACCCUGGAGUUCUCCCGAGACCGGAAGUCCAUGUCGGUGUACUGCACGCCCACCCACCCUGGCCUGGCGGCCCAGGGCAGCAAGAUGUUUGUGAAGGGGGCACCUGAGAGUGUGAUCGAGCGCUGCAGCUCAGUCCGCGUGGGGAGCCGCACGGUAUCCCUGACCACCACCUCCCGGGAGCACAUCCUGGCCAAGAUCCGCGACUGGGGCUCAGGCUCGGACACACUGCGCUGCCUGGCACUGGCCACCCGGGAUGCGCCCCCGAGGAAGGAGGACAUGCAGCUAGACGACUGCAGCAAGUUUGUGCAGUACGAGACGGAUCUGACUUUCGUGGGCUGCGUGGGCAUGCUGGACCCUCCGAGGCCCGAGGUGGCUGCCUGCAUCUCACGCUGCCACCAGGCGGGCAUCCGUGUGGUCAUGAUCACGGGGGACAACAAAGGCACGGCUGUGGCCAUCUGCCGCCGGCUUGGCAUCUUCAAGGACACAGAGGACGUGGCGGGCAAGGCCUACACGGGCCGAGAAUUUGAUGACCUCAGCCCCCAGCAGCAGCGCCACGCCUGCCGCACGGCCCGCUGCUUCGCCCGGGUGGAGCCCGCCCACAAGUCCCGCAUCGUGGAGUACCUGCAGUCCUUCAACGAGAUCACCGCCAUGACUGGAGACGGGGUGAAUGAUGCCCCAGCCCUGAAGAAAGCGGAGAUCGGCAUCGCCAUGGGCUCCGGCACAGCCGUGGCCAAGUCAGCGGCAGAGAUGGUACUGUCAGAUGACAACUUUGCCUCCAUCGUGACUGCAGUGGAGGAGGGCCGGGCCAUCUACAGCAACAUGAAGCAAUUCAUCCGCUACCUCAUCUCCUCCAAUGUUGGCGAGGUCGUCUGCAUCUUCGUCACAGCAAUUCUGGGCCUGCCUGAAGCCCUGAUCCCUGUGCAGCUGCUCUGGGUGAACCUGGUGACGGAUGGCCUACCUGCCACGGCCCUGGGCUUCAACCCACCAGACCUGGAUGUUAUGGAGAAGCGGCCCCGGAACCCUCGGGAGGCCCUCAUCAGUGGCUGGCUCUUCUUCCGAUAUCUGGCUAUUGGAGUGUACGUUGGCCUGGCCACAGUGGCUGCUGCCACCUGGUGGUUCCUGUAUGAUGCCGAGGGACCUCAGGUCACCUUCUACCAGCUGAGGAACUUCCUGAAGUGCUCAGAGGACAACCCGCUCUUUGCCGGCACUGAGUGCGAGGUCUUU